ACAGGAGCCAUAUUAAUGCAAGGCCUUGCAAAUCGAGAUGCAGUCACUACAGCCAUUUCCUCUCGGAAGGCAACAUUCUAUAGCAGAUCACGGUCGAUGUUGUGGACGAAGGGAGAGACCUCAAACAAUUUCAUCAAUAUUCACGAUAUUUUUUUUGAUUGUGAUCGUGACUAUAUAAUCUACCUAGGGAAGCCUGAUGGGCCUACCUGCCACACAGAGUCAGAAACUUGUUAUUAUACAUCAGUUUUUGAUUUAAAAGAACACCAACUGGUUGAAGGAAAUAAAUUGGCAUUAAGCACGUUGUACUCAUUAGGGUCAACAAUCUCCCAACGCAAAGCAGAAUUAGCAGCAGAACAAAAUGGAAAACCCUCGUGGACAAAGCGAUUGUUACUUGAUAAUAAACUUCUGUGCUCAAAAAUCAGGGAGGAAGCUGAUGAGUUGUGUCGAACAUUGGAGAAUGAAGAUAAGUCACGUACUGCCUCAGAGAUGGCAGAUGUCCUCUAUCAUGCCAUGGUUCUUUUGGCAAAUAAAGAUGUGAAAAUACAAAAUGUUAUGCAAGUUCUUCGGCAGAGAUUUUCUCAGUCAGGUGUCGAGACAAAGAGAGGUCGAAUAUCUAAGGCUAGGUAUGGGCUGCAUAGGCUGCUCAGCCUGUACAUAUUUAGCUUCAUAUUGCAGCUUCCAUUACCAUCGUAAUGGGUAAUUAUGAUAUAUGCAUGAUCACCUGUAGUCCAUUUUGAGAGCCCUGGGACUCGCAUUAUCCUAGCUCUUGCAUACCCCAGUCUAGCUGUUUUACUCUGGGAACUGGUUUAGCUCUGGAUGACUUUGUUUAAGCUUUUUGGUAAAGACACAAAUUUGUUGCAACUAUUUUCCUUGGAAAUCGAUCUGAAUUAUUGUUUUGGGAAUGUAUUCAGAUUGCUGUGAACUUAUUUGUAUUUGAUUGUGAAUGAAAAGAAUUUUAAAUCAGGAAAUAUUAGCUACUACCCAGCUUUUGUAGCAGCAUUGUGAAUAAAUAUUGUUGAAAAAGAAGUCUGUACAAGUACUGACUACUUCAUUGAUGGGCAUUUGCUCCAUUGGUUUUGAAAGUACCUGCAUAAGUGGAGUGUAGCAUUACUGAUUUAUAUAUUUAAGGAAAAAGAACAAGAGAGAAGAAAAAAAGGGGGGAGGGGGGAAGAGUUUCGGCUCAUGAACCAAAUAUAAUUGAUGAAUUCAAUAAGAAAGAAAUCACCAGAAGACUAGUGUCGUGAUUUCAUUUUAUUCAAUGCUCUUAAGCAUGAUUUAUUACAAUUAUCGUCAUUGUAUAUAUUUAUUCUGAUUCCCGGCUUUGGUUGAUGCGAACAGUUCUAACUGAACGCUAUAGGAUUAAGUUCUUCCCGGUGUAUCGGGGAUGCUGGUGCAACUAGUAAAGCAUGUAUUGCCUUUUUUGCCACAUGAAAGCAGGCAUUGUAUUAUAUCCAGGAAGUCCUUUCCCUUUGACAAACAGUCUGUGAGGCACUUGAACACAUCUUGAUCACAUAAAUUACUGCAUAGCGCCAGCGAAUUCGGGUUUGGGGCUUCUUCAUGGGCCACUCCCAAGUACACUAGCAAUAGCAC